CAUAAAAUCAGAUGUUGAUUGUAUUUUCGUAGUGGUAAAGGGAAUAUCCGAGUGCGAUUUUUUUCGAUAGAUUCUGAUAAAGGUGUUUAAAUCGUUGAUAAAAACGAUUAGGUGUGUUAAUAAGGUGCAAGUUGGUUGUAUAAAAAAAGGUUUUUGUUGAUCAAGCAUUCUUAUGUCCACAAUUUGCUGUCAGUGGGCUUUUUGAGCAUCAUUUAACGCAAAUUGUAUUUUUCACAAAAACGGUCAAGUGUUUUAUUUAGUGCCCGAUUAUUGAGCAUAUGUUAUUUUAAUUACGAAUGUGCUUCAAGUAAAUGUGCAUUGCUGUUAUUAUGUUCAUGAAUGAAUUGGAUAAAUUUGUAUUGUAACAUCAAUGUGUUCUGGAGAUGGUGUGUAAGGAGGAGGUAUUAUCAUGGUUUAAGGACUUGGAAAGUUACAAAAGAAUAGAUGUCUUGUACAAUUUGUUGAAUAUGUGUCUUCCUUUUGAGUUGCGGUUCCUGGGGAGUUGUGUUGAGGAGAUUGGCAAGCACACAUACCAGGAACUUCGGGGCCCCGAAAUAACGGCCAACGAUUACGAAAAACUCUCUAAAGAUGCGACUUUCAACCAAGGUUUACUUGAAGAGAACGUUAGGCAUCGGGUGUUGCUUUACCUUUCGUUAUUAUCCUCUAGGAACUAUAGUGUAGCUAAUUUUUUAUACAAAAAGUUUUUAAGGACAGAACAUGUCGACGACAUUGUGAGUGGACGUGUUAAAGAUGAACUGUUACACAGUGAGACUUUGUUGUUGUUUACGAUGGCAUUGUACCAUCCUGCAUUUACCUUUGAUCAAAAACAAUUUUUUAGUCAAAUUCUUAGUCAUUUAAUCGAAUCGAAUUCUACCACGGCGCCAAAGCCCAGUGUUUAUGGCUAUCCACCUGGAUUUGGCUACCCCUCAACAAAAAAGGGUUCUCCAGAAAUUGUUUCUUCAGUUCCGGUAAAAUCGGCUCCUAUUAUGUGCUAUAGCGAUUCUACUAUACAUCAGCAGCCCCCAGGGUUGCCACAUCUACCGCCACAGCCGCCUAUUGAGUUUAUUUGGAAUGUACGUCCAGGGUUUUUAUGUGCAGGAGCACCUGAGGUGCCGCCAUUCCCGCCGCCAUCGGCCUCCCCGCAGCUAAGCCGAACCUGCUCACCUAGUCACAGCCGAAGCGCCUCCCCCCUGCGACCCGCGAACCACCCCCCGCCCCAGCAUCAGCAACCGCCCCAUCAGCAGCAGCACCAGCAGCAACCGCCCUCGCAGCAGCUGCAGCCGGUCAACGUGCGGCUGCCGCCGCCGCCGCCGCCCGAGCGCGUGCAGCCGCCCCCGCCGCCGGUCGUGAGCGCGCAGCCGUCGCAGCAGGAGUGCCUGCCGCCGUCGGCGCUGAUGCCGUCGCCGCAGCACCGUCGCACGCCGACGGUGGCGGCGCAUCCGCCCCCGGUCGUGCAGAUGCAGGCGGAGGGGCUCACGCAAUCUAGUCUACCGAUGUACCAGAACGAGGUCAAGUUACCUGAUGAAGAGCACCCGACGUUGCAAGAAGAGAAGCACAUGCGCAGCGAGCACCCGUGGCACACGCAGUACGCCGUCCAGAACGGCAUGCGGUUCCCGCUGCCGAAGAUGCGGCCGUUCCUCGCCGAGCACAUGCAGGCGAUGAGCCUGGACGGCGAGAACUCCCUGCACCACUCGAACUCGUCUUCCGACAGCAGCCCGAACAGGACGCCGCCCGGCACGCCGCACCCGCCCCCGCCCGCGCCCUGCCUCGUCGGCCAGAAGAUGCGCAACGGGCUGCCGCCGCCGCAGUACGCGGUCACGACGAUGUGCGACGCCGCGUCGCCGCCCCCGCCGCCCUACAGCAACUGCUCGCUGCCCUACACCUAUCAGCAGUUCAACAGGUUGGGAGGCUACGCUUACAACUCGUACCGGCCGCCGUUCGCCGCCGGCCCGCCCUACCCCACCGCCACCUAUCCGCCGCCGACGGAAAACUUCGCCACCUUCGCCCAAACGAUACCUUACGUUCCCCUCAUCUAUUCCAGCCCCUUCCAUCCGCCCCCCUCGGCGCCGCGCGGCACGCCGCCCGGCUGCUUCAACUGCGGCGCGCGCGCGCACCAGGGCGCCGACUGCGCGCUGCAGAGCAUCGAGGAGCUCACCAAGUCCUUUCAGCUCGACUUCAACACCGCCAACCUGAUGCCCGAUCAAGCGGCCGAGAAAUGAUAUUACGUGUACAGCUUCUACGACGCCGCGGCAUAACGAAUGUUAUUUCUUCUCCCAGUAAGUAUCCAGCUCUUAUACAGGGUUUUAAUUGCGCUCAAGGUGCUGCUGACAAGGAGGUCUUAUUUUAAGUAGAAAAGGUCUUUGUGUAUUGGUGGCGCCCUCUUCAUUUGACAUGCGCCAACUACUAUCAUCGGUGUUGGGAUUUCACCCAUUCAAAUGCACCCGAAAACACUUUGUUACUAAGCGACAAGUUAGCUAAGUACAUAAUAGUCCAGUCUUAAAACUAAAUUUGCACCACCUGACCAUUUUUUCUUA